GAGAACAGACGUGUUUCUCGUUUAUCCUGAGCUCAGUCGAGAUCUCGUGUAGCUUCGUAUUCUCGUCUUCUCACCGCUCCCUGUUGUACGCGCAUCGCUCAAAUACACGCGUGUGAUAUAUUGCGCCAAAGUGGCCAGCGGUGUUAUAUUUGCUCGUGCAAUUAUCUAAUUAAUUUCGGUCGGUCAUAGUGCAAUCCUGAAGAUUUUUCGAAACACCUCACGUGACCGUUCGCGCGAGAUACUCUCGUGAUCCGCGGAGCCAUAGGGCGACCCGACACGGUCGACCCCCUGUAUGUGUUACAUCUUUACGAGUGACGUGAACCAACUGGUGCAGCCGUCAACCGGACAACUGCGGGGACAUUGAACGCGACGAUCCACGCGUCCGUGUUCCGGAAAUUUCUCUCUGAGUCACGAAAAUUCUACGUGCUCCAUCGACAGUGCAUUCGAGCAGCCAAUCAACAACCGUGACAAAGGACACGUUUCCUAUCCCCGCGAUUCUCAGCAGUGCGUCAACCUCGGGCCAGGCGGGAGUGGUAACGAGCACGUAGCUUGGACUCAGGCUACAACUGUACGCAAUUGCUCCGAUCGUAGAAUAGACGAGAGAAGACACCAUGGCGAUACCGUUUUUGCCCAACAACGACGAGAACACGUCGUCGGAGGAGCAGCUGAUGUACCAGCUGUAUGUAACCCUGCACAAUGCCCUCCGGAGCAGGAACGCCCACCAUCCGUCGCGAAAUCAUCGAGCGCCGCGUCGAUCCGAUUCUGGGUCUCAGCAACCUCUGGUGAUCUGGCUGCAGCCCGGCAACGUCGAAGACUUGUCGAGCUUGCCGCUACCAGACCUGGUGCAAUCGGCCGUGGAUCAGCUGCCACCGCCGUCGCCCCACGUGACAGUUUCUGUCCCCAGCAGCCCGAUGAGAGACGCGACUUUCCAGUUCCCUGAGUGUAACGUCAACAGCAACGGUGCACCGUUGCCGAGCCCAAGGCCACGGCCACGAAGACGUUUUGCCUCGGAGAGCUCCGUCAUGGAGACGGGCCCGAUCGAGGUGAGCAACUGCAACGGUACCACCUGUCGCUGCCACCUCGGCCUGAUCCUCAACGAGAGGCAGUCGUGGACGAGCGUGGGUGCCAAUCUCAGGAACAUCGCCGGUGAUUUCCACGCGUGCAGGACCAAGGACGCCGAGAUCGAGAAAUCGACGCUACCGGUGAUCGGUCCAGGUUUGAACGGUCGCAACAGCAACUCGUCGUCCACCGACAGCCUGCUGUCGCUGUUGAUUCCGACGCCGUUACGAGAAACCCUUUGGGCAACGGUGGCUCUAUACCUCGGCUGGAGACUUGUCUCCCGUCUGCGAUAGAUGCGCCGAUUUCGUCCAACCG